AUGUUUUCUGUGUCCUAUGCCCUAGGUGUCUGCAGUGCUGUGACCCAGAGUCCUGGAGCCCCUGGGUCUGGAGUGGACGAUUCUGGAAUCUUUGUUACUCUGAAGGGAACUCAAGGAGAUUCUGCGCUGUUUCCAGUGAUCAGAAAACCAGAAUUACCUCCAGAAUUUGAGCUGGAGAAGAUGUCUUGGGGCGUCGUAUCCAGAUCAAAUUACAUAGUCAUGCUGCACGUGUUUCCUGGGAGAGAUGUUCCAGAAUGGGUCAACUUCCAGGACAAGUUUGAGAAGAGGGUCCAUGUGUUCAACACAACGACCCUAAGGAUUGACAAUCUGACCCUUGAAGACAGUGGGCUGUACUGGGCUCGAGUCUCUUUAACUGGAGGAAUAGAGUAUGACGAAGAUUUCCACCUGAUGGUCUACGAGCCUGUGCCCCUUCCCCAGAUCCAGGCCACGGUUCUGUCCCUCACACCAGGGGGGUGCAACGUCACAGUGGAAUGUAACAUCACGGGAACCAGAAAGGAUGUGACUGUGUACUGGGAGAGCGAGGGUCUCCCCAGGGAGCUGGAGCAGAGACUGGCCCCAGGACCAUCCCCCAACCCCUGGAGCCUGGCUGUGAACCUGCCCCUGAGCCGGCCCAGCCCCAGCCUCACCUGUGUGGUCAGCAACCAGGGGGACCAGAAAACUGUCAUCCUGGACCUUCGGGAUGUUUGUGGCCACGAUCUACAUGGACCAUCUCUUGUUGCUCUCCUGCGUGACAUCCUGGGGACUAUUGUGGUCACACUGAUGAUCCUUGAAGCUGGACUGUACCUUUGGAUGAGAUGUGGGAAGAAGAAGUUGGAGUCUGGGAAAGGGGCAGGAUCACAGGAGGAGCCCAGGGACCCGGAUGGUGGCAUCCACUAUGCAGAUCAGACCCAACAGGGGUCUGGAGACCCCAGGGACAAGAAGGGCACUGGGAGCAUGAACGCCGGGAACCUGGAGCCUAUAAGGACUGUGGCACCAACGUCCUUCUAG